AUGUUCGAGUUCUUUCAUCUGAUGAGCGCACCCAAACUUUCCACCGGAAUUUUGAGAUACAAUUUUCGGUACGGGCAAUUUAUUGGAGCUAUCUUUUUCUGUCUGCACAGUAAAAAGGAUGGGGAAACUGUAUUUAAUCGCAAUUGGCUCAAGUGGCUGAAUGUUACGCAUCGGAUAUUAACCUUCUGCAGAUUCUUUUGGCUCUAUUUGACGACCGUUUCAAUAGAUACAAAUGUGCAACACAUUCUGUAUGGUAUGCGACUUGUACUGAGCAUUCCCAACGUUGUGGUAGUCUUGGUCUACCAAAUUGUUCGAGGCCCAGAAAUAAUCGAUCUUGUCAACCAGUUUUUGCGUCUCUUUCGGCAAGUGAGUGAUUUAUUUAAACCGAAAACACCUGGAUUUGGCGGCAGACGAGAAUUGAUAUUAAUCCUACUGAAUUUGAUUUCCUUCGCCCAUGAGCAAACAUAUCUGUGGUUUACGGUACCCAAUGUAUUUUCUUGGCGGUUCUUAAUCGAUUGGUGGUGCGACUUUUACGUAGUCAGUGCCACCAAUAUGUUCAUCCACAUCAAUUUUAUCGGCUAUCUCAGUCUGGGUGUUCUUUAUUCCGAGGUCAAUAAAUAUGUUCGUACAAACUUGCUAAUUAAAUUACAAAAAUUAAAUACUUCGGCCAGCCAACAAAAAAUACGAAGAGUACAAAAUCGUUUGGAAAAAUGCAUAAGCUUGUAUGGAGAGAUAUAUAACACCAGCGUUUUGUUUCACAAGCUAUUUGUUCUUCCCCUUUUUCUGGCACUGAUAUAUAAGUUUGCACUAAUCGCCUUGAUCGGCCUGAAUGUGGCUGUAGAAUUGUAUUCAAGCAGCUUUGUUUUCUGUGUACUUUUGCUCAAACACGUGUUAGAUCUUUUUCUGGUAACUGUCUCCGUUCAGGGUGCUGUUAACCAAUAUUUAAACAUUGGAUUGGAGUUUGGAAAUGUCGGCGAACUCAACAAGUUUCAAACUACGCUGGAUAUUUUAUUCAUCCAUCUAAGGCUUUGCCACUUUCGAGUCAGCAUAUUGGGUCUAUUUGAUGUCACCAAUAAGCUUUUUUUAAAGUUCUUAUCAGCACUUGUAUCUUGGCUAGCUUUUAUUGCACAAUAUAAAAUGAGGAAGGGAAAGGGCUAG